UUGGACUAUUAUAUUUAUAGUAAACGAUAACAUUAUGCCACAAAACACUAGACAACUACCUCGGGGCUCGUGGUUGUUCCUGUUUGUCUUUGCCUUUUUGCCUUCCGCAUCUGUAUAGGGGUGUGUCCGCCCUCAGUAAUCCUACACCAUUAACACAUUGAGGUUAACUGGCUAAACAGCCUCAACCAGUGACUACAGCAAGUACGGCCUUUACUCACACCCACAUGCCAUGUGUUGGGUGUCUGCAUCAAGCCGCUGCAUGCCAUUCAGCUAUGCAUUACUAGCACGUGAGAUCACAAGGAUGAAACAAGAAGAAGCAAACAGGUGUGCGAGGUAGCAGAAGUUGAGAAAGAAAUUAUUUCAUCUGUUCAUGGUAACCCCAGGGGAUUUGGUAGGGGGAAAAAAUCCCAGAGAGAAAAAAGAGAAAGGGAGAGAAAGAGGGAGAGGUUAAGGGAACCUCCCAAACUUCACAAACCACCCUAUCAAGCUGCGCUCUUGGAAUUGGAUCCCUCCCUUGUUCACUACCUGAGAGCAAAAAAACACAGUUGUGCCUCAGAGACUCAGAGAAGUGCAGGAGUAAUAGGGAACACACAGAGAAUAGGUAAGGAAAAUAUUAAAUGUAAGGAAAUGAUAGCUCAGUUUUACAUUGAAUGAAAUUGCCUACCAAAAAUAUGAGAAGACAAGAAGAUCAAGUUGGUUUUUUUACGGAACAAAAGGGAAUUUGAGAAAAAGAAUUUCUCUGGAACAACUAAAGAAUGAGCUUUUUCACUGUGGACUAUAUGAAGCAACAUAAAUAGAAUCACCCUAGCCAUUGAUUGAAGAAAUUGGAAGCAGACAUGUGGACAAAAGAAGAAGAAUGAUGUAAAGAAAUAUGGAAACAAGGACUACAGAAUUCCACGGACACUAAAUGGGUUAAAAUAUUUUUUUCUAUUUCUUUACUUUUGGACCAUCAUCAGUAUCAGCUUCAUUAACCAAAUAUGAAAGCACAUUCUAGACUUUUGCUUCUAGUUUGUCUGCGACUCCCUUAGUUUACCCUCCUCUGGUGUCUUCUCUGCGAGUUUUCAAGGAUGGCUAGUUUUUAAAAACACCACCAGACCACCAGGAGUGGGUCAAGAUUGUGGAGACAUGUCUCUUGAAGAUGUUGGAAGCAUUUCCAGUCUUGUGUUUGAAAGUAGUGCUUCAGAUAUCUACGAUAGUCAAUCUUUGAGCCAAAGUCAAGACCAGGAUCUGAAUAACCAGAGUCAAGGCCAAGAUGGGAUUUUUCUGGACCGCAUUGCCUCUCUGUCAGUGGACAUGUUUGACCCCAGUGACUUCACUGGCAGGUUCAGUAAGAUCCAAUCCAGGUCCAGAAAGCGGACAAGGAUUAUUAGAGCUUCUCCUGUGGGACUGAAGCCACCACUACCUCCUGUCACUGGAACCUUAGGAGAGAGAAAGGGUCCCGUCGUCAUGGCGCCUGUCAACGUGGACCCGGAGAGUAAACCGGGGGAGUUUGUCCUGAAAAGUCUCUUUGCAAACUUCACCCUUCUCUCUGAACGCAAGAUCCGCAUCAUCAUGGCAGAGCCACUGGAGAAGCCCCUCAACAAAUCCUUACAGAGAGGAGAGGACCCGCAGUUUGAUCAGCUGAUCAGCUCCAUGAGUUCCCUAGCAGAGUACUGCCUCCCGUCUAUACUCAGGACUCUGUUUGACUGGUACAAAAGGCAAAAUGGUCUGGAGGACGAGUCUCACGAAUAUCGGCCACGGGCCAACACCAAGUCAAAAAAUGAUGAGCAGCAGAAGGACUAUCUAUUAGAGAGGAGAGAUUUGGCCAUAGAUUUCAUGUUUUCUCUUGUGCUGAUAGAAGUUUUAAAGCAGAUCCCCCUCCAUCCUCUUUUGGAUGGACUCAUCCAAGAAGUUAUAAACCUGGCCUUCAAGCACUUCAAGUACAAAGAAGGGUAUUUGGGACCUAACACAGGAAAUAUGCACAUUGUGGCUGAUCUUUAUGCUGAAGUAUUAGGAGUCGUGGCUCAGUCCAGAUUCCCAGCAGUGAGGAAAAAGUUCAUCUCUGAGCUGAAGGAGUUGAAACAGAAGGAGCAGAGUCCCUACGUCAUCCAGUCCACCAUCAGUCUCAUCAUGGGACUCAAGUUCUUUCGCAUCAAAAUGUACCCAGUGGAAGACUUCGAAGCCUCUUUCCAGUUCAUGCAGGAAUGUGCACAGUAUUUCUUGGAAGUGAAGGACAAAGACAUCAAACACUCCUUAGCUGGACUCUUUGUGGAGAUCCUUGUACCUGUGGCUGCUACUGUGAAGAACGAGGUGAACGUUCCAUGCCUGCGGAACUUUGUGGAGAGUUUGUACGAUACUACCCUGGACCUGUCCUCGAGGAAAAAACACUCUCUAGCCCUGUAUCCUCUGGUUACCUGUCUGCUGUGUGUCAGUCAAAAGCAGUUCUUCCUCAGUCGCUGGCACAUUUUCCUCAACAACUGCCUCUCCAACCUCAAGAACAAAGAUCCCAAGAUGGCACGUGUGGCUCUGGAAUCACUCUAUCGCCUGCUCUGGGUCUAUAUGAUCAGAAUAAAGUGCGAAAGCAACACUGGAACACAGAGUCGCCUCACAUCAAUCACCUCCACCCUCUUCCCUAAAGGAAGUCGUAGCGUCGUGCCCAGAGACAUGCCUCUAAAUAUCUUUGUCAAGAUAAUCCAGUUCAUUGCUCAGGAGAGACUGGACUUUGCAAUGAAGGAGAUUAUAUUUGACCUGCUGAGUGUUGGAAAACCUGCCAAAGCUUUUAGUCUUAACCCAGAGCGUAUGAACAUAGGCUUGCGGGCCUUUCUGGUGAUAGCAGAUGCUCUGCAGCAGAAGGAUGGCGAGCCCCCCAUGCCCAACACAGGAGCGACGUUGCCGUCUGGAAACUCCCUGAAAAAGAAGAAAACCUAUCUCAGCAAAACGCUUACAGAAGAGGAGGCCAAACUGAUAGGCAUGUCUCUGUACUACUCCCAGGUGAGAAAAGCUCUGGACAACAUCCUCAGACAUUUGGACAAGGAGGUUGGACGAUGCAUGAUGCUCACCAGUGCACAGAUGCUCAACAAAGAGCCAGAGGACAUGAUCACUGGCGAAAGAAAGCCUAAAAUUGACCUGUUCCGAACAUGUGUUGCUGCUAUUCCUCGGAUCCUUCCUGACGGCAUGUCCAAACCUGAGCUCAUUGAUCUGCUCUCACGACUGACGGUUCACAUGGAUGAUGAGCUGCGUCUUAUUUCCCAGAACUCUCUACAAAGUCUGUUACUGGAUUUCUCAGACUGGAGGGAGGACGUCCUCUUUGGUUACACACAUUUCCUUCUCCGUGAGGUGCAGGACACCCAUCAGGGUCUGCAGGAUGCAUCUGUGAAGCUCCUCCUCCAGCUCCUUACUCAGUGGAGGUUAGCUCUCCAGCUCCAGGGGAAAAUGCGAGGUGGAGUUGAGGCAAGCCCCAGGCUGCCAGAGCGAAGCCCUCAUUGUUCAGUGCUGCAUGCAGUUGAAGGCCUAGCUCUGCUGCUGCUGUGCUCGUGUCAGAUCAGCACCAGAAAGCUGGCCGUCGGCGUGUUGCGAGAAAUACGCAUUCUCUUCACAGCUCUGGGCCACGCUGAGGAUGAUGACAAGCCCAUGAUAGAGGUCAUGGACCAGCUGAGCCCUUCUGUGAUGGACAGCUUUGUUCAUGUGGCUCACUCUGACUCAUCUCUGCCGCUGAGUCAUCAUGUUGACCUACAGUGGCUGGUUGAAUGGUCAGCCCGACUGGUGAGCAGUUCCUACGACGUGAAGAGUCCGAGCCACGUCUGGAUUUUUGCCCAGUGCUUGAAAGACCCCUGGGUUCUCUGUCUGCACAUCUUUCUACGACAGGAGCAUCUGCCUAAACACUGCUCCAUCGCUCUGGGAUACGCCUGGCCUUACGCCUUCACACGGCUACAGCUCCUGCUGCCACUCAUUGACCCCAACAGCCCAGUUAAUGCCAAGAAAACCAGCACAGCAGGCUCCAGUGACAGUUACAUCUCCCUGUGGAGAAACUACUUGAUCCUGUGUCUGGGUGUAGCCAAGCCAAGUAUCAUGUCCCCUGGUCACCUCAGAGCAUCCACACCAGAGAUCACAGCUACCACACCCGACGGCAGCGUUACCUACGACAAUAAGGUGAUUGGCACUCCUUCAGUAGCCUGGCUGUUGAAACAGCUCGUUCCACUGAUGAGGGCAGAGAGUCUGGAGAUCACCGAGGCCCUAGUGCUGGGAUUUGGUUGCACAAAUGCUCUGGUCUUCAGGGAGCUUGUCGAAGAACUCCAUCCUUUGAUGAAGGAGGCACUGGAACGAAGGCCAGAGAAUAAGAAACGCAGAGAAAGGAGAGAUCUUCUCAGGCUGCAGCUGCUGAGGAUCUUUGAACUGUUGGCCAAUGCAGGAGUUAUCAGUGACAGUACCAAUGGAGCACUAGAGCGCGACUCCCUGGCACUCGGGGCUUUGUUUCUGGAAUAUGUGGAUCUAACGCGGAUGCUUCUGGAAGCUGAGAAUGAAAAAGAACUUGACAUCCUGAAGGACAUCAGGGCUCAUUUCAGUGCAAUGGUAGCCAACCUCAUCCAGUGUGUUCCUGUCCACCACAGACGCUUCCUGUUCCCCCAACAGUCUCUGAGGCAUCAUCUCUUCAUCCUCUUCAGCCAAUGGGCCGGACCCUUCAGUGUCAUGUUUACUCCCCUUGAUCGUUACAGUGACCGCAACCAUCAGAUCACUCGCUACCAGUAUUGUGCUCUUAAGGCCAUGUCAGCAGUUCUCUGUUGUGGUCCAGUGUUUGACAACGUGGGUCUCUCCACUGAUGGUUAUCUCUACAAGUGGCUUGAUAACAUCUUGGCCUGCCAUGACCUGAGGGUCCACCGUCUCGGGUGUGAGGUGGUGAUUUUGCUGCUAGAACUAAACCCUGACCAGAUCAAUCUGUUCAACUGGGCUGUGGAUCGCUGCUUCACUGGAUCUUACCAGUUGGCUUCUGGGUGCUUCAAGGCCAUUGCCACUGUGUGUGGCAACAGGAAUUACCCCUGCGACCUAGUGACCUUGCUCAAUCUGGUGCUGUUCAAGGCCUCAGACACUAGCAGGGAAAUAUAUGAAAUAUCCAUGCAGCUGAUGCAGGUGCUGGAGACAAAGCUGUGUGCCUACUCUAAGAGGAUGGUGGAGCAGAAACCUGGUAAUAUUUUAUACGGAACACACGGACCCCUGCCUCCUUUGUACAGCGUCAACCUGUCCCAGCUCUCCAUCCAACUGGCCAGCAUGUACCCAGAACUCACUCUGCCUCUGUUCUCUGAGGUGAGCCAGCGUUUCUCAACCACACACUCUAAUGGCAGACAGAUCAUGCUGUCCUACCUCCUGCCUUGGCUAAGUAACAUUGAGCUGGUGGACACUGGUCUGUUACCUCCUGCAUCUAGUCCAUGUACCCCAGAGGAGGAGCCUCGGGGUCAAACACGAGGCUUGGGUCUAUCUCCGAGUCUUAGAGGCAACGGCUGGGGCUCGCUGCAGGCGACCUCACUGGUGCUUAACAACCUCAUGUUCAUGACGGCUAAGUAUGGUGAUGAGGUUCCUGGCCCAGAGAUUGAGAACGCAUGGAAUGCUCUGGUGUCCAAUGAAAGGUGGGGCAACAACUUACGGAUCACUCUUCAGUUCCUCAUCAGCCUGUGUGGAGUCAGCAGUGAUACCACUCUGUUACCUUACAUCAAAAAAGUGGUGAUCUACUUGUGUCGAAACAACACCAUCCAGACUAUGGAGGAGCUUCUGUUUGAACUGCAGCAGACCGACCCAGUCAACCCAGUGGUGCUGCACUGUGAUAACCCUCCCUUCUACCGUUUUGCAGCCAGCAACAAAGCCUCUACAUCACAGACUGGUACAACCUCCAGCAGUAACACUGUAGUUGCUGGUCAGGAGAACCUGCCAGACACAGAUGAGAACAAGCUGAACAGGGAAGAGGAGCGGAGGACCAGAGCCCACAACAGAGUAGAGUCACGUUACAGCAACAGUUCUGGAGGCUCCUAUGAAGAUGAAAAGACUGACCCCAUCCCACCAUACGCUGGUUGGCUGCUGGGUGUUCUGGAGACCAACCGUCCCCAGCCAUUACCCAUGCCCAUAAACGGAGGCUGCUGGGCUCCUCUGGUUGACUACCUCCCAGAGACCAUCACUCCGAGAGGACCACUUCACAGGUGCAACAUUGCAGUGAUCUUCAUGACUGAAAUGGUGGUGGACCACAGUGUGAGAGAAGACUGGGCUUUACACCUGCCUCUGCUACUACACGCCCUCUUCCUAGGUCUGGACCACUACAGACCAGAGGUCUAUGAACACAGCAAACGCCUCCUACUUCACCUCCUGAUUGCCCUCUCCUGCAACAACAAUUUCCAGGUAAUAGCCUCUGUUUUGAUGCUGACAAGAGAGAUCAGUGACAACAAGACACUCACCAUUAAAUCCAGCUACCACACAGAGUACCAGCAGUCACAUGCCCCAGACUUUCUGCGGGAGUGGCAGGCGUCUCCAGUGGUCGACUCUGGUCUGAGCUCCACCUCCAACUCGUCUUCUGCCAGUCUGGGUGGUGGCAGCACUGCAGGGAGUGUUGGGAAUUUGCCCCUCGUGACUCCAGAUGACUUAGAGGAUCUUGAAGAUACCACGAACGAAACUGACGAGAAGACAAACAAACUCAUUGAGUUCCUCUCAACCAGUGCCUGGAGUACUGUGUUGUUCUUGCUUAGAGCAUUCGGUCCACUGUGGGCACACGAGGACAUAACCCCGAAGAACCCCAACUCCAAGAGUGCGGAUCAGCUGUCCAAUUUCUUACGGCACAUCAUCUCUGUCUUGAAAGAAUCAAAGUCUGAUUUUCAUCUGGAACAGGAGCUUAGUGACGUUGCUUUACAGACGGCCCUAUGCAGCUCCUCUCGACACUACGCUGGACGCUCCUUCCAGAUCUUCCGAGCUCUCAAACAGCCAAUCAACAACCAUGCUGUCUCUGAUCUGGUUUCACGACUAGUGGAAGUGAUUGGGGAACACGGAGACGAAGUACAGGGCUACGUGAUGGAGAUACUGUUAACACUGGAGUCUGUUGUGGUGAAUUUAGCAGAAUGUCUGAAAAACAGCGACCUUAUGGCAGCUCUUACAAGGACGUCGUCACCGGACUUUGUGACUAGCGACAAACUGAUGAACAGAAAGAGCACUGGUCAGUUAAACUUCCCUGGGCCGGGAUUUGUUGGGCUGUCAUCACAGCGCCAUCAACGCUCCUACUCAGUCCCUAAGAAGUUUGGCGAAUGUGGGAGUCAGCUGAGUGAUCCUCCGCGCAGUGCAACUCUGGACCGUAUACAGGCUUGUAACAGUCACGGCCUCAGUCGAUCAGGGAGAAUGACCGGUUCCUGCUCGUCAUCUACAAAUCGAAUAGAUCCAAGUGUUCUAUCAGAUCCCGCUCACGUUUCCCACCCAACAUCAAUACUGGCUACUGUCUUUUGGGUGUCAGUGUCGCUCAUGGAGUCGGACUUUGAGUUUGAAUAUCAGAUGUCACUUAGACUGGUCCACAAGCUGCUUUCAAAGGUGCCCAUAGACAGAGCAGAAAACCGUGAGCGCCUGGAGAAGCUGCAGGCUCAGCUGAGGUGGAGUGGUUUCUCGGGAAUUCAGCAGCUCUUGUUAAAAGGCUUUACCUCUCAGGCCACGUUGGACCUCACGUUACAGCUGUUCUGUCAGCUCACACCUGUUUCACGUGUCGCUGUUGUCGACAGCUCACAGUCUAUAGGUUUCCCUCUGAAUGUUUUGUGUCUGUUGCCUCACCUGGUUCAGCACUUUGGCCAUCCAACUCAGUUUUGUAAGGAGAGUGCAGAGAGGAUCGCACAGGUGUGUUUGGUAGAGAAACAUACAAAACUGUCCCACUUGGCUCACGUCAUGACCCUCUAUAAGACACGGUCCUACACACGGGACCCAUUUUCCUGGGUCAGUGUGGUUUGUCGCUACUUGCACGAGGCUUUCUCUGACAUCACCCUCAGCAUGGUCACCUAUAUGGCUGAGCUGCUGGAAAAGGGCCUUCCUAGCAUGCAACAGUCUCUCCUCCAGAUCAUCUACUGUCUGCUCAGUCACAUGGACCUCACUGCUGUACAGGUCAAACAGUUCAACGCUGAUGUUAUAAAGACCAUUGAGAAGUUUGUACAGACAAUACACUGGAAGGACGCUUUGAACAUCUUGAAACUGGUGGUAUCCCGUUCUGCCAGCCUUGUUCAUCCAGUGUAUGGCCACUCCCAGGGUGACCUCUCUAACCUUGAAGUCAGUAGAGUGUGGGAUGGUUCGGCCAAAGCUCUGCCAGGGAAAACAUUGGACUUCACCUUUGAUAUCUCUGAGACUCCUGUGAUUGGGCGGCGCUUUGAUGAGCUGCAGGGUUCAGGAGGCAGAGAUGCGAAGGCCAGAGCCAUGGCUGUAACUCGCAGCACUUCCUCCACUUCCUCUGGUUCUAACUCCAACACAAUCUUAGUGCCAGUCAGCUGGAAAAGACCCCAGUUAUCUCAGAAAAGAACCAGAGAGAAGCUGGUAAAUGUUUUGUCUCUGUGCGGACAAGAAGUUGGACUGACUAAAAACCCAUCUGUUAUUUUCUCAUCAUGUGGCGACCUGGACAUGAUGGAAGUACGUGAGAGUGGUGUGUCCUCAGAGGAGGGUGGAACCAGAGAAGACACUUUAGAUGACACUGCCAGUGAGCAGCAGUUUAGGGUUUUCAGAGACUUUGACUUCCUGGAUGUGGAGCUGGAGGAUGGAGAGGAGCUCCAGGGUGAGACAGUUGAUAACUUCAACUGGGGUGUUCGUCGGAGAUCCCUGGACAGUACAGAGCUGGGUGACCUGUUGGAGGAGAGUCAACACUCGGGCAGCACCCCUAGUCUGGGUCACGAGGACCCUCAUGAUUCAGACGAAUCUUCAGAGGAAGAGGAGUCCUCGACGAGUCAGAGCCUCUCCCACUCUCAGCUCACAAACCCUUCUCCAUCAGAGGAGACAAAUCAAACUGAUUCACUAUCCACUUCUUACGACAUUUCUGCUGACCAACAAUCCUUUAAUGCCACCACACCGAGUCAGGGAGCCUUUAAUGAUGACCACAUCGGCCUACAUGGGAGAGUGUGUGGUGAGGAUGAGGACACUCAGGCCCAUGACGACGAGCUGUCGCUGCCUCAUGGUUCAGACUGUGGUGAGAGCUUCACCCUGGAGCUGCCCGGUCAGCCACAAGACCGGCUGCCCAGUCUGGACCACAGACUUAAUCCAGACUACUGCCAACCUCCACUGGACUUUCUCGACCCAAACUGUCUUCCCAGCUUACGUGAUGAUGUAGAUGACCUUGAAGACCUGGGUUUUCCUCCUCCGCCCUCUCCAUUUUUCUCUGCCAUUCUGGCAGCCUUUCAACCCACAGUGUGUGACGACGCUGAAGAGGCCUGGCGUUGUCAUGUUAACCAACUGGUGACAGACUCAGACGGCUCCUGUGCCGUCUACACUUUUCAAGUAUUCUCGUCUCUCUUUAAGAACAUCCAAGGUAAAUUCUGCACCUUGACAACUGAUGUUGCCACGUACCUUGGGGAGGGCUUAAGAGGUAUUGGCUCAAAGUUCCUCAGGUCAUCACAGAUGCUCACUACCUGCUCAGAUUGUCCCACUAUCUACAUUGAUGCAGACACAAUCAUGUCCUAUGGUCUCCUUGAAAAGAUGAAGUUUAGUGCCCUUGAGCUGCAGGAAUACCUGGAUACCUACAACACCAAGGAAGAGGCUGCUGUUGUGUGGCUGAGGAACUGUAGAGACACAUUUCCCAGGUGUCCUGGUGACAGCGUGGUAACUUGCCAGCCUGGAGAUUCUGAGGAGAAGCAAAUGGAAUCUCUUGCACAACUGGAGCUUUGUCAGAGGCUUUACAAGCUGCACUUCCAGCUGCUCCUCCUCUUCCAGUCCUACUGUUCGCUCAUAGGUCAAGUCCAUGCCAUCAGCUCUGUACCUGAGCUGCUGAACAUGUCUCGAGAGCUGACUAAUCUGAAGACCAGUCUGCAGGCUGCAGAAGCAGCUGUGGCCAGUGACCUGGAGCACAAACUGCUGGCCCACACACACGCACACGCCACUCAGGUGGCAGCCGUGGUUGUGCCCAGCUUCCAGACCUCUGAAGCAGCUGUGCAGGCCAUACUGGAGUGCCUUAAGAACCACGAGUUCACCAAAGCUGUGCGCUACAUCCAGGAGUGCAGGAGGCAGUGGCCCAGUGGAGUUUUUGGUGGCAGCUCAGAAACCGAGGUCCAGACUCUGCUCAACAUCUACUUCCGCCACCAGACCCUGGGCCAGACCGGCACCAUUGCCCUGGUCGGCUCCCGCCAGGACCUCAGCUUGAUCUGCUCCAAGCUGCUGGAGCUCAACGGGGAGAUCCGGGACAUGAUCCGCCGCGCUCAGGGUUACCGCGUUGUCACAACUUACCUCCCCGACUCCAGCGUUUCCGGGACCAGUCUCUGACAGUACCUCAGGAGCCCUCCUCCCCCUCCACCACCAUCCGCCCCACUGACCGUCCCAAAACCUCAUCAAGCAGAGGAGCCUCAGCACCAUCAUACCUGGCCACUGUCUCCUCCUGCAUGUCUGCUGCCACACAUGCACAGCUCCAGGGAGAUUCCUGCCUGUCGCCUACCCCAGCAGUAGAACAGGAACCACAUUUGGACCAUGGACAGUUCUCCACUGAAGACUCUGACACUUUUGGUUUUGAUUUUCCUAAACCCCCAGACUUGUUCUUAUCACAUAACUGCUCCACCUCUGCAGCCCGGGAAGGUUUGACCGUUCUGUGCAAACAUGAGCCCAAGAGAAGUUUGUCCCAUGGCAGUAAUAAUCUUUAUUGUCCUUACAGAGGACAUUUGUCAAAUAGUUCCCCAAUAUCCUGUCUACACAGCAGCAAGAGCUUCAUAUCAUCUCUGUCAUGUAACACACUUCAGACUGUAGCUUCAGAACCAACAUUGCUUCAACACCAGGACUUGAACACCGUCCCUCCUCCAGGCUCUCAUCUGCCGCAUUUCCCCCGUUCUCCGUACAAACGAUUCCCUGGUCAACAACAGGGCUGUGAUUCAGUCUUGACAUGUGUCCCUGCCCCAUCCUCUUCCAUUCUUCCUCCUCCUCCUCCUCCCACUGCUCCAGGGGAGACCUCAGCAGCAUGGAGUUGCUGUUGCUCCCUCGCUGGAGCUACCUCACCCAUUUCCCGAUACUUGGGAAAGGUGGGGCACGUCACUCUGCCCUUGUUAAAGGUGGGGCGGCUCCUGAAAGACGAACCAUCAGACGUCCAGACGUGAGACGUGAAAAAGGACCUACAGAGCUUAAGAACCAAACCCUUGAAACGAACAACUUCUGAACGACUCUUAAGAUCUUUGUGAAGAAGAAUGUGACUUCCGAGAGAUUCUUCAAGCUCUCGCACUGAAAUAUGACCGAUGUCUCAGAAUAUACUGGGACGUAUCACUGAACUGGACACUGCCAAACAGGAAAUGGUGUGAUAUUUGUGAUGUUUGUUCUGCAGCUCGUGAACAUGACCUGAUUUUAUCAUCAGUCAGCAGCCAAAAGUCUCUCCUGCUGUUUUUUGACUUCCUGGGGAAAUUUUAAACCCCUGCUUGAACUUGAUGGACACAGAGACAAAGGAAACUAACUACCUGUGACCCUACUUAUUACUGGUAGAGUUUCAUCUAUUGCACUAAACAAGGAAUGUCACAGAGGACGAAUAGUUACCGUGUCACUGAGUGAUGUCUCUGUCAGAGAAAAGCUUUGUCACUUUUACUGGAAGGAAAAGCCAAAACCUAACUUUUCUCUCCUGUUACGUCUACUGCUUUGAAACCUCUACUGGAGGAAACCGUGCAAUGCAUGACCCAGCUGAACGCUAUCUACUGUACACUGGCGCCUCCUAUGUGCACCCUAAGGAUCUGUAGUGAUCAGACUGACUGAAAGACUGACUGAUAAAACGGCAGGAACAGAAUAUUUGAGAGUGAACACUCCUGCUGCCUCUGCCCUAGAACACCGAUCCAACUGUAAACAACAGUGGACUUAUCAUGCCAUUCUCUGUGAGUGUGCAACCCACACACACUGUGGCCGUAGUUAGAGCAUUAUUAGUGAUGUGCUUCACUGAUGAUUGCCAUGUUUGUCCAACACUGUAACACUUUGACCCUCUGUGUUCACACAUGCUGAGGACGGCGCUUGUAUACACUUCAAAAAAAAUAUUUUGUCUGUCUGUCAAGUGUUAAUAGACGAGCAGCCACGUAGCAGAUGUGCGUGUGUGGUUUGUAGUUACUUUACACAUAAAGGAAUGCUGACAUUCAGCACUCUUUGUUGAUGUUGAUGAAACUCGCUACUACUGAAGUUGAGCACAUCCUGUUGUCGGCCCUUCCUGUGACUCUCUCUCCUCUUCCCUCUCUGCUGUACAAAUGUCUUUAUUUCCUAUUUAUAUCUGAUCAGCUCAAAAAACCAACACUCAUUCGACUUAGGUUUUAUAUCGAUGUUUGUCCUCUUAAAUCAAACUGCCAUGCAUGCGUCCUCUGUGUACUGUAUGGAGCGUUUGAAAUAUUUAUUUUAUCUGAAAGAUACAUUUGUAUGAGGUAUAAAAGGGAGCUUUAAGCUCGUGCGGGUAUGUGUUUUCGCCUCCCAUUGGGAAAAUGUGUGUGCAUGCCAAACCUGAAAUUGCACAUUUUUAAAGCUUUUUAGAUGAAGACCGUAGUUGUUUUUUUCCCACAUGUAAAUAUUUUU